AUGGACUCGUAUGGCUCCUUGUGGGACUUUUUCGUGAAUGUCUGGCGACGGAAGGCAUGUUCCGAAUGUACAAGAUCCAAGAGGCAAUGCAACAAACAAACCCCAGCAUGUCGGCGGUGCAGGGAACGAGGUACGGUGUGCGAAUAUCCAUUCGUUAGGCGCAUAUGUGCACCGCUCGAGAGCACUCUACCAGAUACUUUGUCUUCAGAAAGCGCUCUGUUAGGUUUCCAAGCAUUUCCGGACCUCGACGUCGACGCCGACGUCACUGACUUCGGGUUGGAACUGAACCCGCUCCCGCCUCUGGAUUGGCUCUGCACCGACCAGAUGCAGCUGCCGACGAACACUGGAAAUGCGCUCUCGGCCACCACGGCAGGCGAUGCUGAAUACGAUUGGUUCCAAUGUCCGGACUCCUGGACUGUCGAGCAUGAGCAGCCCGGACGGCAACAAGACUUUCUCGACGAUUCAUUCUUAAUGCGAUUCGUCAGUGACGUCCAGCGAUGGCUCCAGCAAUGGGCAUCAGACGGGCACAAUCCAUUCAUCCACCACCAGCUCUACCGCCAGCGACUGCCACGGUCCAUCCAGGACGCAUACACGGCACUGACAGCCUAUCUCGCCAAGAAUCCCAAAAACGAGGACUUGACCUUCCGCAUCAUCGAGGACCGCGUUGCGCAGCUCCUGCAAGACCAGCCCCCGAACAGUCUUCCAUCCUCACUCGACAUCUUGGAGCAUCUCGCGCGCGUCCAGGCCCUCCUGGUCUACCAGGUCAUCCGACUAUUCGACGGCAACAUCCGCCUGCGAGCGCAAGCCGAGCAGCACAGCCCCGUGCUCUCCCGAUGGGUGGGUCAGCUCUGGGAGCGUGCCGCUGGCGGCAACCGAGUCCAGGGCAUGUCGACCACGCCGCCCGAAAACGACGCCGUGUUGCGCAGCUGGAGGACGUGGAUAACAUCGGAGAGCGUGCGCCGCACCUGGCUGACGGUGAAGAUCCUCCUGUCGGUGUACGACACCCUGAAGCUGGGCUGGAGCGAGUGCCCCGGCGGCCUGUUCUUCACCGCGCGAGAGGGGAUAUGGAGCGCAUCGACUGCGUAUGCGUGGUCCAAGGCCUGUCGCGACGGUGGACCGCUCUUCUUGCAGAGCAUGCGGUUGGAUGGUCUCUUCGGCUACGCGAAACCGUCGGAGGUGGGCGAGUUCGGGCGCGCCGUCUUGUCGAUAUGCUUUGGGUCUGAGAAGGUGGACCGGUGGGUCAAUGAAGGUGCCGAAACUAGCCCCGCUGGAGUUUUAGAUGCGCUAGCGUUCCUCGGCGGUGGGGAAUAG